AUGACCCGUCAAUCUUCUUCUUCCUCGUCCCCCGAUGAGCAUCGUCGUUUGCGAUCUACCCUGAAGGAAAAGAAAAGAAAUAUUGAGAUCAAUGAUGCUUUUGAAAAGCUUCAAAGGCAGCUACCUCAUGUGCCAACCUCAACUCGCUUACCUAAAAUCAAGACCUUGCGAUUGGCUUUGAAGUAUAUCGAACAUCUUAACACCAUACUAAGCGGAGAUAAACAGAUUAUGUCCGACUAUAUGGCGGCUCCACGACCUUUGUGCAUCGAGGACUUUGCUGCUGUUGCGAUGCAAGAGAUGCAGGUGAGCUCGUACCUGCUGUUAAGUUGCUCUACAACUGCGACGGGUAUUAGAUCAGCAUGA